UCUCUCUCCUCCCCCCCCCCCCCCCUUCACUCACUCUCUCUCUCUCUCUCUCUCUCUCUCUCUCUAGGGAUAUGGAUGACUAUGGACCUCCAGAUCUGCGGCAGCUGAUGGCCUCAAGAACCCAGUUUCAUACUCCCUUACAAUUCGCAGAGCAAUUUUCAGUGCACCAAAAUCUCACGCCACCACCGCCACAUCCGCCCCAUUAUCGUCAUCUCCCCAUAAUGCUAAGCAGUGAGGUUGUUCCAGCUGCUGGCUUGCUUGACAAUCAUAGUUAUACUAGUAUGAUCACGACAACAGCUUGUCAUCCUACCACUUCAUCAGCUGCUUCUGCUGCUGCUGCAUUGUAUGGGAUAGAGUUUGAGCAUGGAUGGAAUAAUAUUGAUGGAGCAAAUACUAAUAAUAAUAGUAGAUGGCCAAGGCAAGAAACCCUUACCCUUCUUGAGAUUAGAUCUGCUCUUGAUUCCAAGUUCAAGGAGACUAAUCAGAAAGGACCUUUGUGGGAUGAAGUCUCUAGGAUAAUGGCUGAGGAACAUGGAUUCCAGAGAACAGGGAAGAAAUGCAAAGAAAAGUUUGAGAACUUGUAUAAGUACUACAAGAAAACCAAGGAAGGCAAAACUGGGAGGCAAGAUGGGAAGCACUAUAGGUUCUUUCGUCAGCUUGAAGCAAUUUAUGGAAAUCACCAUCAAAGUACCAAUCAGUCCUCCGUUUACAGUAGACCAAACCCUCUUCUUUGUCACACUACUCCGAGUAACAGUAUUAACCGAGAUCAAAAUCAAGAAGUGGUUGUGCAAGACCAAAAGUUCAUAAGCUGCGAGAGCCUUAGUUUCUCCAAUAACUCAACUGAAUUUGAUCAAACCUCACCCUCAAAGAACAACGACGACGAGGAUUCACUUUCAGCCAUUGAUUAUUUUCCGAUGAAUCAGUCAACGGGGAGCCUUAAGAAUGAGAAGAAAAGCUAUGCGACACCGGUAAAGAAGAAAUGGAAAGCAAAGGUGGUGGACUUUAUGAACUCACAAAUGGGGAAAGUAAUAAAGACCCAGGAGGCAUUGAUGGAGAAGAUGGUAAGGAGUAUUGAAGCUAGUGCAGACGAGAGAAUAGCUAAGGAAGAAGAAUGGAGGAAGCAAGAGGCGGCCAAGUAUGAGCGAGAUGUACAUGAGUUUUGGGCUAAAGAAAGGGCAUGGGUUGAAACUCGAGACGCCGCGAUAAUGGAGACUCUAAGAAAAUAUACAGGCAAAGGAACUUACAACAACAGUGGCAAGGAUGAUAUUGCAAAAGAAAUUGGCAGUGAUCACAGUAAGAAUUAUCCUAGAUGGACUGAACACGAAGUUACAAGUUUAAUACAGCUGAAGACUAGCUUGGAACGAACAUUCAAAGAAAGUGAGUAUCUGAAGGAGGAGGGAGUAUGGGAGGAGAUAGCUGCAAAUAUGGGUAGUUUGGGCUACACAAGGAGUGGAGGAGAGUGUAAAGAGAAAUGGGAGAAUGAAAGUGUUUGUUUUAAAAUGACAACAGAAAGUAACAAGAUGCACAAACAAGAUACAAAGACUAAUAACACGUACUUUAGUCAGAUCUCUGGUUAUGAAGAAGGCCAUGAAGUUCGGAAUCAAAGACAGGAUGGGAUGGGACUUCAAUUAAUGGAUGAAGGGCUUUCUCCGUCAUGUUCUAAUAUGGAUGUGAACUCCAGCUCUUUGCACAUUCCAUUUAAUGGAGGAGAAAACUUGUGGGACGAGAGGGACUCCUAUGUAACCAAUUCACUACGUAACAAGCGUUUAUUGCACUGGUGAUGCAAUUUUUUUUUUAACAUUUGACACACAUCUUUAGACUGGUGAAGCCACUAGAGUCUAGAACCAUGUUUUGUUUGUAAGAGAGAUCUCUAUCUUGUGCGAUAGGAAUGGAACUGUUCAUCAGCAAGGGAAAGCACCAGUACUAAGUUAGAACAAGGUGAUUAAGUAAUUAGAGAGACUAUUUGAGUUCUCUUUAUGAGUGUAAGUAUGUGACUUAAUUCUUAUGGCAGAUUUUUGCCAAUGUGUGUUUGUUUCUGGA